AUGGUCACUGUAGCGUUUGUGUGCCUAGGCAAUAUCUGUCGGUCUCCGAUGGCGGAGGCUGUGUUCGCCGAGCAUGUUAGAAGAGAGGGCCUGGAAGAUGUGAUCAAAGUGGAUUCUUUCGGUACGAGUGCCUUCCAUGUGGGUAACAAGCCUGAUAAGCGUACAAUUAGCACCUGCGAUAAGAACGGAACUCCUAUUCAACAUCGAGCUCAACAAAUCUACCCGCAUCAUUUCACAAAAUUCGACUAUAUUUUGGGAAUGGACCGAGAAAACCUCGGCAACCUGAAGUGUAUGGCUCCGAAAAACAGUACGGCAACUAUCGACCUCUUUGGCUCGUACCGCACUUCUAACGACUUGAAUAGAAUUAUUGACGACCCCUAUUAUGGUGGUCAGAAUGGAUUCGAUAUUACCUACGACCAGGUUACCGAUUUCAGCAAAGGGCUAUUGGAGGACAUUCGCAAAAAUCAUUUGUAG